CUUCACUUUCACACUGCAAUUUAUUUAUUUACUUCUUUAUUGUGUGUCUGCAUUAAACCCAUUCUAAAGCUCGAAGCUUUUCUUUGCCUCUGGGUGUUUUCCAUGAGCAGAUCAAGAUCUGUAAAAAUGGCGAGGCUCUCGAUUUGGGUGAUGGCCCUUGCGAUCUGCGCUUGUCUCUGGUUCGUCGGCGCGGAUCCAUCCGACAAAGAAAUAAUCGUGAAAAAGGUGAACGGGAAAAAGGUCUGUUCGCAAGGAUGGGAGUGUAAGGAUUUGUCGGAGCACUGUUGCAACCAGACGAUUUCUGAUUUCUUCCAGACGUAUCAGUUUGAGAAUCUCUUCUCCAAGAGGAAUUCUCCGGUGGCCAAGGCCGUCGGGUUUUGGGACUACAGAUCUUUCAUCACCGCCUCCGCCAUUUAUCAGCCGCUUGGGUUUGGGACCACCGGCGGCAAACUCAUGCAGAUGAAGGAAGUUGCUGCUUUCCUUGCCCAUGUCGGCAGCAAGACUUCUUGUGGUUAUGGGGUGGCCACAGGUGGGCCAUUGGCAUGGGGUCUAUGUUACAAUAAGGAAAUGAGUCCCAGCCAAAGCUACUGUGAUGAUUUCUACAAAGUUGAGUAUCCAUGUGCUCCUGGAGUUGAUUAUUAUGGGCGUGGCGCAAUACCAAUCUACUGGAACUAUAACUACGGUAAAAUCGGCCAUGCCAUUAAGUCUGAUUUGCUGAACCAUCCCGAAUACAUCGAACAAAACGCAACUCUCGCAUUCCAGGCUGCAAUUUGGUCUUGGAUGACACCUCAAGACAAGAAGUUGACUUCUGCCCACGAUGCUUUUGUCGGUAACUGGAAACCCACCAAAAACGACACAUUGGCCAAACGUGUGCCGGGAUUCGGAACAACUAUGAACAUAAUGUACGGUGAUAUUGUUUGUGGUCAAGGUGAUAUUGAUCCCAUGAACAAUAUAAUAUCACACUAUCUCUAUUAUUUGGACUUGAUGGGUGUCGGUCGGGAGUUGGCGGGACCUCAUGAAGAACUCUCUUGUGCCGAACAAGUUCCUUUUACUAAAUCACCUUCUCCCACAUCGUCAUCUUGAGAAAAAGCUUUUUUCCGCCUGUGAAAUAUCUUAUGAUGAAGGAAAGACCGUGUAAUAAGGAGAGCAAUGCGCCCCUCGUGAUCGUUUGAUUGUGUUUGUAAUAUGUAAGUAAUGCGGUGUUAGAACUAUUUUGUUGGUUUACUUGGUUGUGAUGAUUGAAACUCGGCCGGCUGUGUAGUGUAUUUCUUAAUUUUUAAGAAUUCAUACUUCUUGUACUUUGUCAUAUACCAAAAGGAUACUGUUAAUUACCAUAAGUACCAUAUUUACGAGACAAAAGUUUCUUUCAUA